AUGUCAGCUAUCAAGAACGUUACUCUCGUCGGUGGAUCUGGCCGCUUGGGAUCUUUUAUUCUGGAUAAGCUUCUCGCCUCUAACAUAUUCAAUGUUCAAGUCCUCAAGCGGGUAGACUCACCAUCCACUCACGCUGCAGGUGUCAAAGUGGUGGAGGCAGACUUCACCGAUCUUGAGUCCUUAACGACAGCAUUCCAAGGCCAGGAUGCUGUGGUUUCGGUUGUCUCCGAUGCAGGUGCCCUCAGCCAGAAGCUCAUGAUCGAUGCCGCCAUCGUCGCCGGCGUCAAACGAUUCCUACCAUCCAACUUCGGCUCAAACCUGGCAAACCCCAACACCCGAAGACUCCCAAUAUUCACUAUGAAAGUAGCUGUCGAGGAUUAUCUCAUUGAAAAAUCAAAGAUUACUGAUCUGACAUACACGUUCGUCAACAAUGGAGGUUUUACGGACUUUUGCAUUGAGAACAAGAUCAUCAUGGACUUUUCCAACUACACGCCUAAGCUGUUCAACGGCGGGGGUUACCAAUUUAGCUCGACUAGUAUGCCAACCGUCGGGGACGCCGUCGUCGGUGUCCUGAAACACCCGAUCGAGACGCAGAACCGACCAGUCUACGUUUCUGAGCUCGUGCUGUCACAAAAUCAGCUCCUCUCCGUGGCGCGACAGAUUGCGCCAAGCAAGCCAUGGGCUCCUGUAAGCGUGGAUUUGGACGCGCUGGUAAAGAGUGCAAUGGAACGGCUUGCACGAGGGCAACAUGAUCUGCCAACUGUUCUACCUAUCCUGCUCAAAUCGGCCAUGGACCCCGAGUUUGGAGCAAAAUUUACGGAGAACGAUAACGGCCUACUGGGCAUCCAGAGCAAGACGGAGGAGUACUUGAUUGAGCUCAUCACUCCAUUGCUCAAUUAG